GCCUCCGCCGAGCCGCGCCGAGCCGCUGCGGCGGCGGGGGAAACCUGCGGCCGGUGAGUGCCGGGCGGGCGGCCGGCUCAGCUCUUUCAGCUCUCCGUCUCCCGGGAUCUUCCCCGCGCUCCGCGGAGCCUCGGGCGGGCGGAGCACUGAGUCGACUACUGGCACUUUAAAGAUGCAUGCAAGCAAAGAAGAAGAACUGGAAAAUGAAGGGUUAAGGACGUGCUCCAUUCUGCAGGUUCAGUGGCAAAUAUGAACAUUGGUCAACAUUUGACAUCAGCUCCUUGGGACAUCAUGAAUUUGCUGGAAUCUAGAAGACAGAGCACUUGCAGUAGCGCUUUUUAAAUGUUAAUUUAAUUUAAGUUAAAUAGUAUCAUCCAGAUUAAUUGUAGCGAUGGCUAGCAAAAGGAAAUCUACAACUCCUUGCAUGAUCCCAGUAAAAACACUGGUGCUUCAGGAAACUGAACUGGAGACUGUUGAAGAGGAACCUGAAGGAACACAGCAGGAUGCUCCCGCUGAAGGGCUGGCCUCGAGCAAUGUCGGUGCCACCAGCAGCAGCAGUGAAGCAUUGUCCAAUGGGUACCGCAGCAUCACCGAUGGGGACACUUACAUCUGCAAGGGUUGUGACUUUGGGUCUCAAGACAUUCAGCAUUUCUUCGGGCACCUGGACUCUGAGCACUCGGACUUCAGCAAAGAGCCCACGUUUGUGUGCACUGCAUGCAACUUUCUGGUGAAAAGCCACGAAGGGCUCUCACAGCACAACGCGGAGUCGCAUGGCAAUGAAAUGAGCUUUGUCUGGAGGGUGGCUAAGCAGGACAGUCGUACGGUCGUGGAGCAAAGCCUCUCAGAAGCUGCUAGCAGCCACGACCCUCCGGGAGAGGUCCCUGAGGAAGUGGUAGAUGGUCAGUCUGAAAUCAUCAUCACCAAAACCCCCAUCAUGAAGAUAAUGAAAGGCAAACCUGAGGCCAAAAAGAUCCACACGCUGAAGGAGAAUGUGCCGAGUCAGCUGGGUGCUGAGUCGGAGACAAAGGACGGAGAGGCUUCGUUCACCAGCGGCUCGGUGCCGGUCAGCCAGGCCACCACGAGUGCCACAAAAUCAUCUCAUGUAGUGAACGGCUCCAUCAUUGGAAAUGUGCCCGUUCUGCCGGCGGGUGUUGCACAGCUUGUUUCACUGCAGCAGCAGCCUCCCCUGCAUCAGCAGCUACCUACGUCCAAGUCCCUUCCCAAGGUGAUGAUUCCCCUGAGCAGCAUUCCCACAUACAAUGCAGCCAUGGACUCCAACAGCUUCCUGAAAAACUCUUUCCACAAGUUCCCUUACCCCACAAAAGCUGAGCUCUGCUACCUGACCGUGGUGACAAAAUACCCCGAAGAGCAGCUGAAGAUCUGGUUCACUGCUCAGAGGCUGAAGCAGGGCAUCAGCUGGUCCCCAGAGGAGAUAGAAGAUGCCAGGAAGAAGAUGUUUAACACGGUCAUCCAGUCCGUGCCGCAGCCCACCAUCACAGUGCUCAACACGCCCUUAGUUGCCAACCCUGGCAGCGUCCCGCACCUCAUCCAGGCAACUCUGCCAGGCCACGUGGUGGGGCAGCCCGAGGGCACGGGCGGGCUGCUGGUCACACAGCCCAUCAUGGCCAACGGGCUGAAGGGCACCAGUUCCUCCUUCACCUUGGCAGUGAGCUCUGUCCCCAAGCCCCCACCGGCAGCUCAGCACAGCACGGUGAGCUCCGGCAGCGCCUCAGCGCUGAAGGUGGUCACAGCCACCCCGUCGGUGCUCACCGCCUGCCCGGCCAUCUCCUCGCAGACCUUCCUGGAUCCCAACGUCUUCAAGAACAAGAAGUCUCACGAGCAGCUCUCUGCCUUGAAGGGCAGCUUCUGCAGGAAUCAGUUCCCUGGGCAGGCUGAGGUCGAGAGGCUGACAAAAAUAACUGGCUUGUCCACCAAGGAGAUUCGGAAGUGGUUCAGUGACAGGAGAUACCACUACAGAAACGUGCGAGGCGGCAGGGCCAUCUUCCCCGGAGACAGCGCUCUCGAUUCUCUGCCUGAAAUUCCCUUUGAGGUGCCUCCCAAAGGAGUGGAGCUGACGCCUGCGGCCGUGCCGGUCCUGCAGCACCCGGGCAGGCGGCAGUCCUGGCACCAGGCACCCGACUUCACAGCCACCAAGUACAAGGAGCGCGCGCCGGAGCAGCUGAAGGCCCUGGAGAGCAGCUUUGCCCAAAAUCCUCAGCCCCCGGAGGAAGAGGUGAAUCGCUUGAGGGGGGAGACAAAGAUGACGCGGAGGGAGAUUGACAGCUGGUUCACAGAGAGGAGGAAGAAGAAGGUGGUGGAGGAGAGCAAGAAAGCGGAAGAAGCAGGGCAGCAACAGGAGGAAGAAGAGGCUGAGAACGGCCGUGGGGAAGGAGAAGACUCUCUGGAUGACCUGAGGGCCCUGGGUGAGAACUGCUCGCUCGAUGCCUCCGCCAACAACCCCAACUCAGCCGAGCGCAAGGUGAGUCCCAUCAAAAUCAACCUGAAGAACCUCCGUGUGACAGAAUCCAACGGCAAGGGGGAGGCCCCCGGCACCGCUGCAGGUGAGAAGGGGGACGGCGGCAGCAACCAGCCCCCCAGCCCUCCCAAACCCAAACUGAACUUUAAGAAAACAGCCCAGCAGCGGCACUUACUGAAGCAAAUGUUCGUGCAGACGCAGCGGCCGACCAACCAGGAGUACGAUGCCAUCGUGUCGCAGACCGGCCUGCCGCGGGCCGAAGUCAUCCGCUGGUUUGGUGACAGUCGGUACGGCUACAAGAACGGGCAGCUCAAGUGGUAUGAGAACUACCGGAGGGGCAUCUUCCCCCCCGGCCUGCUGGAGGUGAGCGCGGCGGGGCGGGAGGUGCUGGAGGAGCACUACAAGAAGCACAAGGCGCUGCGUGAGGAUGAUCUGCCCGGGCUCUGUGAGCGCACCCAGCUCAGCGCCCAGCAGGUGAAGGUGUGGUUUGCAGCAAAGGUGGAGGAGGAGACCCGGAGCACCUCUGAGGAUGCCUUCUCCAGCAGCGAGCAGACGGGGAGCCAGAAAGGGCCGCCUGAUGCUGGCUCGGAGGUGUUGGAGAACAGCGAGCCCUGGGAGCCGGGCGGUCCGGAGGGGGCAGCUGAGCCCCCUGGAGCCCCCGUCCAGCCACCUGCCACACAGCUCGAAACAGACUGAACUCAAACCACUUGUCCCAGAGGAUCCACUCUCACCUUUGAGAAGUUUUUGGUCUUUAAGAAGUUGAUGGGCCAGUCUAAUACAGACGUCAGGAGCAGGACACGGUGAUAAAGCACUGCCAUAAAUGAGACCUUUGAGUGCAGCACGAGAGAGAGUGCGAGCGAAACUGGGCACUGAGUGCAGAGCUCUGGCCCAGCCCAGGAGACGGCUGAGGGCUGGCAGAGAUGGGGGCUGUGGGCUCAGCUCACGCCCAGGAAAUAGGAUGCUCUUGUUUGCUUUUCAGUGGACAAACUUUCAGAUUUCAUAUUCAUAUACCGAUGCCUACAGCUGCCUAUACAAGCAUAACGAAUCUCAGACAUUGUGUAAACAAGGUCAUUGCUUAGAUAUGGACUAUUAUGGCACAAUACAUUUUUUUCAUCUGUCCGUUAAGGUGUUUGUUCUCUAAAGGCUGGCAUGGCUGCAUAUAACCUCUCUGCCUUUUUCAGUCCCUAAGCUCUGGCUUUGAAGAGCUCUGCAGGAUGCACACGUGUGUGUAUGUGUGGGUGCAUGUCAGAAAAGGUACCUGAGAAAGAAGCUGCCAGUCUUGCAUUGAGGCCAGGUGGAAGCUCAGUGUUCAUCCUGAGGGGUGAGGUCAAAUUUAGCAUUGCAUACUCUCCAUUAAGCAGCAGCAAACACAGGAGAGGGAGUUCGGUGUUUGUCCCUUGUUGGCCAAAAGCAUGUUCCUUUUUGCAGUUGGAGAUUGACUGCAGCAGGCUGUUCAAUCUCCAAGUCUCCCUUUAAUCACUGAGAACUAGCACAUCAUAAUUUUUCCAUCCUGACCUGGAAUCCUUUUCAUUGUUCGGAGAGAACAAGCUGUUCUUCAGAGGACAAAUGCAGAGAAGCACAGAGCUGCUGAGAGUGGUUCAGGCCAUUGUUGUCUCCAAGGGCUCUGUGAGGCAGCAGCAGUCGGGAAGUUUCCUACUUUCAGCCCUCUGUGACUAUGAGUGAUCCUCCAGCAGUGGUGCUGAUAACUUCAAGUAUUUGCUUUUUCCACUUUUUGUUUUUUUCCAUCCACAGCAGUUCUGCCUUCAUGUGACAGAGCCAAGCAUGUUUCUCUGUUAACCUCUCUGCUUCCACACCCUGCUCCUUUUUGACGUGCUCCUGUUGUCUCAGUGGUUGCUGCGUGAUGCAUUUUUUAAUAUCCCUCCCUAAGAGAACACAAGGUCUAGAGGAGGACUGAGCUACAGCCCAGCCAAGUGCUGUGUCAGACCAUCCUGUCGUAAACUAAUCAUUCCCAGCUCAAAAUUGGUUCCAUGUCUUGCCUUCACUUUUGCUCUUGGAAGACAGCUCCAGAGCUCCGCUGCCUUUGAAUGGUUAGAAACUUUCCUUAAAUUUCUAGUUUGAAUUAAUUCGUGGCCAGUUCGUUCCUGGUUUGUUUUGGAGCCAACAUUGUCCCUUAACUUAAAUAGUUUUUGGUGUUUACCCGCUGAUGUAUUUAUGGAGAGUCACAGCUCCUUGUUUUUGCCAAGCUUUUUUUCUGUAGAAGGGUUUUAUUUAGUGAGAGCUUUUUAAUGUGGGAGACUUUAUUGUUGGUGGUAAAUGAUAUUUAUUAGAAGGGUGGGUAGCAAGCCUCAGAGGAUCAGAUCCAGAAAUUUACAAAAAAAUCUGUUUUAAAAACAAAAAGCUCUUUCAGAACCUCUUCCAAAGAUGGUGUCUGAUUUCUACCUUUAAUUGCUUUUGCUUUUCCAGUUCGUUCUUUGUCCCCUCUUCACGAGGCUGCCCAGUGUUCUGGCAGGGGCUUCUCACGGUACGUGCCUGCCUGCUGGGCACUGAGAUGCAGACGUGUUGUUGUAACCCCCUUAGCAGUCACAAAUCCUCCCCAGGAUGCCAUGAGCUAGAGCAGGCUCUCAUUCCUCUCUGCGGCAGCACUGCUGCCUGCAUGCCUUGGUUGGAGGCACAGCAGCAAUGCCACCUCCACCCCACAGUGCCCAGGUGAUGGGGGACAGCGGGGUGCUGCCAGAGACAAGGCUGCCAGAAUGGAGUGUGAGUGCAUGUCCAGUGCUGCCUUCAGAGAACAAAUGCAGGUAGGUAAUUUACUAUUGUCUAUGUAUGUGCAGGUUUAUUUAAGUACACAUAUAUACAGUUCAGAUAUGCCAUUGAUUCUUUAUUGCGUUAAGAGGUACAUUAAAAAUGUACACUUCUACUAACUACUCGCUAUAUAAAUAUGUUGGAAGUGUAGUUUGCCCAUUCAAGGUGGUUUUCUGUGGGAUUUUGGUGUGCACUUAAAGGCCUGUGGCUAAUUGGAAGAGUGAUCCCCGCUCAUCUACAGAAAUGCUUAAGGAUGGUGGUGUGGAGUGGUCCCUUCAAACUGUUUUCCCAUGCUCUAGCUGAAACGUUUUGCACUUGGGUUGUUUUUUGGCCAGUUUUCCAGCAAAAUGAGAAGCCUUGCAAGCUAGAAGGAGAAUUUCCCGGUGUACACAGAAAAACAGCCUUGAGGGUUGGAAGCUGCUGAGAGUUCUGAGCUUUGUCUGCAUGCAUUCAUAGAAGCACAGCAGGAGUUUUCUUUCUUUUGGGGCAGAGGAAUUCUAAGAAGUGGUUCCAUGCAGGCUCCCCCCAUCCACAGGGCUGAGCUGUGCAGGGCGGGGAGAUGUAAGGACAAAAACCAACAUAAAAAGUAACUGAGUUUGCUUUCUGACUCCCACACAUUCCUUGUUAGCUGCAUUUUUAGUUGACUUGAAAUCUCCGUGGAAGUAUAAGCUGAAGGUGAGAGGGUUUAGCUCUGUGGUCCUCUGUUUCCCCUAUCACAUCAGUUGUGAAGCUAAAGAGAAGCAGGUGUCAUCUCCAAACAGAGGUUAGGGGCAGGGCAUUAGAAAUUGUGUGUUUGCAUCUGGAACUUAAAUAGAGGAGGUGGCUCAGCAGUCCCAGAACAGCUGUCCUGGUGGUGAGGGCAGGUGUCAGUGCAGUCCUGCUCUUAGCGUGAAUAUUUAUCAUCAUCGAAUCAAAGAUGAUGUCUUGACUUGAAAGGAGGCAUGUAGGAUAGAGGUCAUGUAGCCAGCAUCAGUAGGGAAUGGAAAUUACUUUCUUCACCUCCAUCAGCUGUGUGUGAGCUUGGGCUCACUAAGCACAGCAGUGAGCAUCCUUUGUAAUCCAUGUGAAUCUUGUUACUUCUGUCUCUGAAGCUGCUUAGGUUCAGGUUGCAAUCCAAUUGCUUCAUAAUCUGAGACCCUGAUCUGUGCUGUGCCUGACUUGCUCACUUACAGGGCUCUCCCAGUGCAAGAUUCAUCCAUAUCAGCAGCCAAGCUGUUUCAUGUCUACAUUUGCUUUGUGCUCUACGUGGGUUGCUAAUUCUUCUGCUCCCUAGCUAGCAUCCUGGAGAUCAUUCCUUUUUUAAAAUUCUUAUUUUUUUGAAACAGAACACUAAACCAUGAUCUACAGGCUCCUGUUUCCAUCUGCCUGCAAGCUGAGCACUGCUGCCCAUCAGGCUCACAGCCCUGGCAGGAGUUGACACAGCCACAUGUCCUGCAGCAGUCACUGUCAGCACGCAGAGCUCCAGUGCAGUUAUUUAAGGUGGCCGUGUCCCCUCCUGCCAGGGUUCCUCCUGGGCACUGCUGGCAGCUGGGAUCUGAAUCCCCCCCCCAGCUCAGUGCAGAGCUGCACCCUGGCCAAGCAGUGCUCAUGCAGAGAAGCCGCAGGGUAUCUGCUUGGCUGAUGUUUGCUAGGCUGGUUUUGCAUUCCGUGUUUGGGCCACUUAUUGUUUAUUUUUUAAUGAAAAGUAAUGAUUUUUGGUCAUGGGGGAAGUUUUGCGCUCUUCCUUCCCUGCAGUCCCUCUCUCAGAGCCAGUUCAGAGAUGUGACCAGAAGAUGUUUGGAAGCCGCUGGGAUCACUGGGAAUCAGAAGGGAAGGAUGACUUCAGCACUUAGGCACAGAUUGGAACGUUAAUUUCUUUCUCCUGCUUCCAGAUAACCGUGGCUUCACUUUUCAAAUCCGUCUGAUUCAGCUCACUGCAUAAGCUCCAUUUUAAUUUCUCAGUUGAUCUCAAAACCAGCAGGGAAAGAUUAGGCAAUGGGGAUGGCCUUGCAAGCUGUACUUUCAUUUUUUUUUUUUUGCAAGUUUAGUUUGUGCUGUGUCUCCUGCUGGCUGUGGUGCGUGCCAAGAAUGCUGCACUGGCAUCACAAGCCAUUAGAGCAGAGCAAGUGAGCGCAGUUACUGAAGCAGCAGUGGUUUUCCCUUUCUUUUUUUCUCAUUGCCUAUUUCAGCAGAGCACUCUGCUGGCUGCCCUUGGCCAGAUGUGGAUGGUGCAACCGAAGCCAUGGAUGGAGGGCAGGUCAGGAGGGCUCCUGCUCACUGGUGCUAGUGAAGGUUGGGCUUAGGAAUCCGUGGCAUAGAAAACUUCUUGCUAAAAAUUGCACUUUCUGUCUGCCCCAUCUGGCUGGCGGUGUUCAUGGGUACGUGGCUGUGAUUCCCCUUGCACAUACUAACAUUGCACUAAAGAGAGACUUUGGGAACAGCGUGUUGAUCACUUUGUUUCUCAGCAGACCACAAAGUCAGCCUAAUGGGGUCUCUUUUUUUUUUUUUUAAAUUUUAAUUAUUAUUAUUUAGAAAUCAUGCUGGUGCUGAAUGACCUGGAUUUUUUUUUUUUGCUUGGAUUUAUCCAAAGGAAAAUGUAAUUGUAGCUGCACUGGGACCUUUCAUAAGGGUGGCCGUGCGGCUGGGGGCAGAGCAGAGGCUCUGCUGUGUCUUUGUACCAGGGGGUUCCAGUGGGUUCUUACUAUUUUUAAGACCACGAUUUUAGAUGGUCACCUUGGCAGCCAGGUGAGACAGGAAAUAGUUUUUACUUUUCGUAAAGGUUUUAAAGAGAAAACAAAGACAAAAAAAAAACAAAAGUGAAGCUGCCUGUGACUGUGGGCUGUGGCGAUGACUUGGGCUGGGGUAGCUUGCACUGCUAUGGACUUUACUGCUCUCGUUCUGAGGGCACGAACUCCCUGUAGCAACAAUGCCACUUCUGAGAAGUGAACGGCAAGUUUCCCUUCCUUUUGUAUAUGUGAACAUGAGGGUGGGAGAGGGAAAGAGCUUGCUUGUACAGUUUGUUGAAAUGAAACCAGACAUUUUUGAUUGUUCCUAAAUAAAGAGCGUAAAAUACGAA